UAACGGUCGAGGUUUUGAGUCAGGAAACAGCCUCUCCGCGAAGUUGGGGGUAAGGCUGCUUGCAUUUUGACCCUCCCCAGACUCCAGUGGCAGGAGCCUCGUACACUGGGUACACCUUUUAUUAAGGGGAAAUAUUAUUAACCGACCGCUUGCUGGGACUGUUAGAAGAGGUAAGACAGACAAGGAGGAUGAGAUUUUGGAAAAGGAACUGCUAAAUGAUGAAAAGCAAUGUGCAGAGCACAUUAUGCUAGUUGAUUUGGGACGGAAUGAUGUUGGAAAGGUCUCCAAAGCUGGUUCUGUUAAGGUGGAGAAGCUUAUGAAUGUUGAGCGGUACUCUCAUGUUAUGCACAUUAGCUCCACGGUUACAGGUGAAUUACUCGAUGAUCUCACUUGCUGGGAUGCACUGCGUGCAGCAUUGCCUGUUGGAACAGUUAGUGGAGCACCAAAGGUGAAGGCCAUGGAGUUGAUAGAUCAGCUGGAAGUCACUAGGCGUGGGCCAUAUAGUGGUGGUUUUGGAGGCGUUUCCUUUACUGGAGAUAUGGACAUUGCCCUUGCUCUGAGGACCAUCGUUUUCCCAACUGCAACCCGAUAUGACACAAUGUACUCUUACAAGGACGCAAACAAACGCCGGGAAUGGGUUGCUCACCUUCAAACCGGGGCUGGGAUUGUAGCUGACAGUGUUCCUGAGGAUGAACAGAGAGAAUGUGAGAACAAAGCGGCUGGUCUUGCCCGUGCCAUUGACCUGGCAGAGUCAACAUUUGUUGAUAAAUGAAGUUGAAGGGGUUAGAUUGGGAGGUGAGGAGGUCCACUUUUUCCAAGGAUCGCUGCAGGAAAGGAAUUCAAAUCUAUAGAGCGCUAUGAUUUUCUCUUGUUCUUUCAUAAUGAUGGAUUAUGUUUUUAGGAACAAAGGUGAACUGUAUUUGCAGGUGGCUAGCUUGUGAGAGAUGAUUCUCUAGUGUGUGUGUUGUAUUUUCCUAUGGAAUUAGUUGUAUAACAAAGACAAUAAUCACAUUGAAAGGCAAAAGUUAAAUUAAUCUAAUUUCAAGAAAUUAAGCAUGAUACAAUUGAAAAUA